CCAGUUAUUAGACAUUUUACUUCCCUAUGGAAACUUCCUGAGCAUCACCAUUCACUUUCGCAACAUUAAUGGUAAGAAUGCUUUUGGAGAUCAGGGGUAUACAGUAAUGAGACAGUAAUCCAACAGCAAAAGAAAAGGCAUUUACAGAAUUAAGAGAAUAUGGCUUCAUCGGAUAUGAAAAUCUGCAGCCUCUGUUAUGAGGAUGAUGACGACGGAUCAUUUACAGAUGCUGUCGAAUGGUGCAUAGAAUGUGAGGUGUUCCUUUGUACAGAUUGUGGAAAGCAUCACAAGAAGUCCAGAACAUCUAAAGACCAUAAAACCAUGUCUACUGAAGACUACCAUGAACUACCAAAAUUCAUGCAAGAAAUAAGUAACCAGUGCAGAGACCACAAGAAGAAGUUUGACCUUUACUGUUCUUUCCAUGCCUGUCCCUGCUGUGUCACGUGCAUCACUGAUACACACCAGCAAUGUCAAGAAAUGAAAUCCCUGUCAGACGUUCUAGAGCAAGUUAAAUCAUCAGCCUCCGUUCAACUUCUUGAAAACGAUUUGAAGGACAUGAAAGAAAUCUUUGAAGAGAUUACAAAACAUUUGAACAGUAGGAUGGAAACCAGCAGUAUUCAAACACAGAAAGCAGCUGAAAAUAUUAAAUCUAUGAGGAAGUCCAUAGAUGAUUACUUAAACAAAAUAGAAAAAGACAUUCUGGAGGAUCUUGAAUCUAAACAAUCAAAACUGAAAUCAAAGAUAAACACUCUUCUACAACAACUGACACAGCGAGCCAAUGAGAUCAGUCAAUUGCAGAGUGAGUUUUCUAAAAUGACACAAUAUGCAACUGACUUACAAAUGUAUGUUGGUCUGGGAGAAAUUGAGAAAACUACAUCUCAAGCAGCAGAAUACAUUGAAGAUUUAAAAAGUGGAGGCCAAUUUGAUGAAAAUUACAUAGAAGUGACAAUCUCAUCUGAAGUUCAAUCAAUAUUAAAAGAUGUCAAAUCAUUUGGAGAUAUUAAUAUCAAUACCAGCCCAUGCUCUCUUCAAGUAAAGACAGGAAGAAAAAAUCAAGCACAGUACCUCGUUCCGACGAUUUCCAUAAUUGAAAAAAUUAAGCCAUCCAUGUUAAGACAGCUGACAAUGCCAGAAGAAUCAGAUUAUUUGAGUGUGAAGUAUCUUGAUAUAAUUGCCUGUAGAAUAUUACCUGAUGGUAAAUAUUUAAUUCUUGAUAGCGAUUCUUUAAGUAGUCAUCUGCUGCUGUUUGGUAAUGAUGGCAUAUUUAUGAGAGAUGUAAAGACAUUGACUGGAUACUCAUCGGAUAUUUGCUUUGUGAAAGCUGAUACAGUGGCUGUUACAUUAGGAUCAUCAAAAGAAAAGAAGAUGACAGCAUUGGUGGAUAUAGAAAGUAAAAAAAUCAUCAAAAAAAUUAGACUUUCUCAUUUCUGUUAUGGGUUAGCAAGUGAUGGUCAAAUAAUGGUUGUGGGAGGUAAUGAGAAAAGUACCAUAGUGAAUCUGAAUGACAUGUCUGAAACAAUCUUAGAAGGAGUUAAGGCCUAUUGUGUUGCAUUAUUUAAAGGAAAUAUCUAUGGUACCACUGUAGAUGAGGUCUAUUGCAUUGAAAGUUCUGGUACCCAUCUCUGGACAUUUAAGCACCAUGACAUUGGCAUUCCAGGAAAACUUGCAUUAGACAAAAAUUGCUGUGUUUAUAUAGCUUGUAAGAAUAACAACAGAAUUGUGGUAGUAUCACACGAUGGUCAAACCUGUAAGACAAUACUAUCAGAGGCUAAUGGAAUUAAAUCUCCUAAAGCAAUAGAUAUCAACAUUGAAACAGGAACGAUGAUAGUAUCUAGUCAAAUAAGCAUUGAUAGUGGUGAUAGUGAUUGUAAAUAUAAUCACAAAGCUUUUGUUUAUAAAUUGUGAAACGUAAGAUUUUUUAUUUUGGAAUUAAAUUCUAUAGUAGA